AUGCCUCAGAGCCCUGCAAUUAUCACGGCUACCGCGGCCAUCGCCAGAGAACGUGCUGGUCGUCGGUCCCAGGGUCCCCACCCGCGCCACCCUCGUCCUGUGCUCCCUGACGAUGCCCCCGAUGUCUACGAAGCAAUCCUGCUCGCUCCUGGCGAAAGCAAGAUCGAUGUUGAGGUUGACACCCGCCUCCCGUCUGCCGCCAUCUUUACCUUCCACAAGGAAGACCACACCCUUGGCAAUAUGCUGCGUCAGCGUCUCCUAAAGACUGCUCACGUAGUGUUCGCUGCCUACCGCGUUCCUCACCCCCUGACACCCGAGUUCCAGCUGCGUGUCCAGACUGACGGCGAGAUCACCCCUCGCCAGGCUGUUAUUAACGCCUCCGAGGCCCUGAUCAAGGACUUGGGCAUCUUGUCUCGUGAAUUCACCAAGGAGUACGAACUUCGCAAGGCCGCCAACGCCGCCAACCAGCAGCAGCAGCAACAGAACACUGCUGAGUAA